AUGCCAACAUUUCCUCAAUCGUUUCCAAUGAACGGUGGUGAUGGUCCGCACAGUUACAUCCACAAUUCUUCCUAUCAAAAAGUGGCGAUCGAUGGCGUUAAAGAAAGGACAAGCGAAGCGAUCUUAGAAAAACUCGAUCUUGAAUUCCUCAACCGUAACUCUGAAGAAAAUAUCUUGAGAAUUGUGGAUUUUGGUUGUUCCAUUGGACCUAACACGUUUGAUGUUGUCCAAAAUAUCAUUGAUACAGUGAAACAAAAACGCCUAAAAGAAAACAAAACCUAUAUUGGUGCUCCUCUUGAGUUCCAAGUAUGCUUCAAUGAUCAACCAAACAAUGAUUUUAACACACUUUUUCGAACCCAACCGUUCUUUUCCCGGAAAGAAUAUUUUUCCGUGGGAGUUCCAGGCUCCUUCCAUGGUAGAGUAUUACCAAAAAAUAGCCUCCAUAUAGGUCACACUUCCUAUACACUCCACUGGCUUUCUAAUGUUCCCCAACAUGUUUGUGACAAGAAAUCUCCGGCAUUGAAUAAAAGCUAUAUUCAAUGUAAUAAUUUAGUAGAUGAAGUGACCAAGGCUUACAAGAUCCAGUUCAGAAAAGAUUUUGGAGGAUUUCUUGAGGCAAGGGCGGAAGAGCUUGUCUCGGGCGGAUUGAUGAUCCUUUCAGGACAAUGCUUGCCCGAUGGUAUCCCAAAGGCUUUGACAUGGCAAGGUGUUGUGAUCGAUAUGAUUGGAGAUUGUCUUAUGGAUCUGGCUAAAUUGGGAAUAACAAGCAAGGAAAAGAUCGAACUGUUCAGUUUACCCACAUACAUUCCGCAUAUUAGUGAAUUCAAGGCAAACAUUGAACAAAAUGAAAACUUUAAUGUCGAGACAAUGGAGGAGAUAAGUCAUCCUAUGGAUUAUAUGCCAUUAACCAACGACUUCAUCACUUCCAUGUUUCGAGCCAUUCUCAAUACAAUUAUCGAAGAACACUUUGGAGAAGGUGUGGUCAACGAGCUAUUCAGUCGACUUGCUAAAAGGCUCGACAAGUACCCAAUUGAUUUCAAAAGGUGUAAAAAGUAUGUGAACUAUUUUAUCGUGCUUAAGAGAAAGUGA